AGAGAGCAAAGCACAAACUCCAUCCACAGGGCGACAAACACACACAUUUAGACACAGGUCAUCGCUGGACAAUCAUCCACUAAAAUCCUCUCUUCCUGGGAUAUGAACCCUCUCAUCUUCAUCUGUCUCCUGUGCAUCGUUGUCUGCAGUACGCAAGGUGCUCCAGAAUCUGAGGUCACACAGGCAAGUGGGUUAGCCGCCGUGACUGGGGGUCCAGCCUCCGAGGAGGGCCUCCUGGUCGAAGAUGACGAGCACGAAUUAGAUGAAGAACUUUCAGGAGGACACCAUGAAAAUGUGAUCAUACUCGCAGGUGUGCACAGUGGUAAAGAUGACAAGAGGAAAAGAAAAGGCAAAGGCAAGAGGAAGAACAAGCAGAGGAACAAAAACACAACUCCUCUGAAUCCCAGACACUACAACACCACAAGAGUGCACACCUCCGCUCACAGCACCACUGAGGAUGCCUGUGCCUCCACCCACCUGGGUUACUGCAUUCACGGGUUCUGCCAGCACAUCGAGGGGCUGAAGGAGCCGGUGUGUGUAUGCUUGAAGGGUUAUGAAGGACUGCGCUGUGAGAUCCAAUAUCUUGGGGUCGGCACUCCGGAUUAUCAGACCUACAACUCGGAGCUGGUCCAGACCGUCUUGGUGGUCAUUGCUGUGGUCCUGUCCGUCAUCAGCUGCUGCGCCAUCCUGCUCAUGACCUGUGCUCAUUACAGGUCACAUAAAAACUUCUUGGCAUCUUACCUUGGGACAGUAUCAGAGACCGAUAAGCUGCAGAAACCCACGAGUGACGUGGUGUGAAGACGUCAAGAUGAGAAGAGCUUGCUGGAUAAUUAACGGAUGAAACAAAGGAGACCAACAACCUGCAGAAGCAGAAGACCGAAUAGAGGCUGCAUGAAAACGUUUUUUCCCCAACUAAGUUAGAGUGUAAUUUAUUUAGUGUAAUUAUUUAUUGCUAACCACUUUAAGUGUGUUUUUGUUAAACUAUUGUUAUUGUAUCCUGUUUGUGUGAAUGCUGAGCAUUCAGUCGUUUAUUGUUUUGUUUGUUUGUUUUUUAUUUAUUGCGCUGUAUUUGUUAUAGGUCAGAGAAAAUCCUCAUUUAUUCUAGAAAAGUGAUGCCAUUUGAUCACCAAUAAAGUGCCUCAGUGUUACAUGAA